CUCGUCUUCGCCUCUUCAGCGUGCUAUAAAUUCACCACCUGCGCGUUCACACGUUACAUUCAACCUUCAACCACAAGAAGAAAGAGACUGCUACGAACUUCUAGUUCUUAACGAGUUUCAUUUUUUUGGAAAGCGAUAAUGGAUCCUUGCGAGUGCUCCAAGACUGGAUCCUGCAACUGCGGUACAUCCUGCAAAUGCUCAAACUGCCAGUGCACAUCAUGCAAGAAAAGCUGCUGCUCUUGCUGCCCUUCUGGCUGCAGUAAGUGCGCCUCUGGAUGUGUGUGUAAGGGCGAUUCCUGCGAUACCAAGUGUUGUCAGUGAAGACUCCAACAUUCCCAUCAUGUGAAUUUGUCUUGAUAUUGCAUGUAGUCUUACCUGAGGAGGUUUCUUUUUUUUAUGUACUACAAUAAAUCAAAUCAGUGACA